AUGAAGCUUUCUCUUGUUUUCGCCACUUCUGCCCUUUCAGAGUCGGUAGAGACUCGCAUCAAUGAUGGUUUAAUCAUCGGAAACCGUGAUUACUAUCAAGGAAAACAGGUUGACGAGUACUUGGGAAUUCCCUUUGCUCAGCCACCGGUUGAGAAUCUAAGAUUCAAGUCGCCUCAGAAGCCAUCUCCAUGGACAGUUCUAGAGACGCAGAAGAAGAAGCCGCUUUGCGCACAGGACGAUAGCUGGGGACUGCCAACAAGCGAGGAUUGUCUGUAUCUCGAUGUGUACACUGCUAGUCAAGACUAUCAAAAUGACAAGAAACCGGUCCUUGUUUGGAUUCACGGAGGCUCUUUUACUGGCGACUGGCAUCCAGAUUGGUACACUGGAAAGUAUCUCUGCCCAACUGCUGAUGUUGUCCUUGUUGUUCUCAACUACAGACUCGGGGCUUUUGGGUUUUUGUCCAUGCAAGAUAAUGUCAUCAGCGGAAACAUGGGAGUCCGAGAUCAAAAUAUGGCACUUGAAUGGGUUCAUGAUAAUAUUGCCAAUUUCGGCGGUGAUCCAGACAAUGUCACUAUUUUUGGUCAAUCUGCAGGAGCAAUUUCCGUCAAAUUCCAAGCAAUUUCUCCAAUGUCGGGAACGAUUGAAAACCCCUUAUUCAAACGAGUCGGGGUUGUUUCUGGCCAAUUGAUGACUUGGAAUGAGGAUCCAGUUGAUACGGCGCAAAGUUUUGCUCAGCACGCGCGUUGUCUGACAGACUUCAACAUCAGCUCGAGAAGAUUUCUAGAGUGUUUGAAGACGAAGACGACUGAGGAACUGGUCGCAGCUUCAGAUCGAGAGCCCGUAGUUCAAUUCAAUUGGUCUCCAGUCAUUGAUGGCGAAUUUUUACUCGAUCCCCCAACAAAGGAAAACAUGGGCAAACCUGGCCGCUUAGACCGCUUCGAGCACUUCCUCACCUGCACGACUGGCGAAAUUGCCAUGGGAGCCGCAAGUAUCCGAACAAAGGAGAGCUUUGAGCGUCUUCUCGCCCCUGUCUUCGCUGCCACUCUUCCUGUUGACGUAGAUAGCCCUCAGUUUUGGGAGGAACUCGAAGAAGGCUACCUCGAAAACGGAGACCCAGAUAGCGCUUCAACUGAUAUGUGGCGAUCUGCGUACAUUUAUGUUGGCAUGGACACUGCAUAUGUUAGAUAUAUUCUCGAAUACGGAUGGUCUCUAGGACAGACAAAUACUGACUUCCACAUGGCGAAUUUCCGAUUCAAUCCUUCCGAGGACAUUCAAGAUCCUGUCAGAGUCCCUGGAGACUGGAAUGAGCCCUGGCACGGAGAUGAUCUCAUGUUCUACUUUGGAUGGCCGAUGCACUCUGGAAAUGGAACUGAAAGCGAUAUUGAGAUGAGUCAUCAAAUGAUGUCGAUUCUUGGCGCAUUUGCUCGAGGAGAACCAGCAGUUCCUACUGGCGAGAGCUGGCCAAAAGCCCAACCGGGAAUGAACUCUAUGAUUAUUGAUGGACCAGACGAUUACUUUAUGGAAGAGAAUUUCAGAAGACGACACAUGCUUCUCUGGGAAGAUCUCAUUCGAAAAUACCCUGCAAAUUAA